AUGUCGCGGAUCUCCUUCCUCGUUGGCUUCGACCGCAUCGGACAGUCAUCGCCCGCGGACAUCGCUGCCGCUGUGGAGACCGACCAUAAUGCAGAGGUGCACAGCAGACGGGCGCUGCGCAGGAAGGGCGAGGAAGACCUGGGGCAAUUCUGGGAGGAGACCAGAGUCGGCCUUGUAAAUCGAAUGAGGUGGGCCCUUGUUACGAAGGACCCUCGCAAGCUGUACUGGGAUUUGUUCGUGGGAGCGAUGAUCUUGUACAGCAUCGUGGUCAUUCCGUGGCGGAUCUCCUUCAGGCAGGACGCAAGCGGGGCAAUGCUCAUCUUCGACUACAUAGUCGAUGUCAUUUUCGGCAUCGACAUUAUUCUGUGUUUCAACUCCGCCUACUUCGAGGAGGACGUUUUGGUUUACAAGCGAGCGACGAUCGCGAGGAAGUACGUGUCGACGUGGUUUGGGCCGGACGUCUUGGGCACCGUGCCUUUUGCGUCACUCAUAGGGCUCUUCAUCACCACCGUGGAUAGCCUGCAAAGCGUCAACUUCUUACGGCAAGAUGGCUUCGUUUUUGCCAAUUACGUAGUAGCAGCGCUGGUACGUGUGUUCCGGCUGCUGAAGCUGAUGCGGAUCCUGCGGCUCUCUAGAAAAAUGGCGAAAGUCGACUUCUCCCGGCGGUUAAACCCCUCGAUCGUGCGGCUUAUCAAGCUGCUCGGAAAGAUCGUCUUUGCUGGACACUUGCUUGGCUGCACGUGGUUCGUGGUGGAUGAGUGCGACGUCGACGGCGGUGACGACAUGUGGCCGAAAUGUGGAGGGGAAAGCCUCGGCUCAAAAGUGAGAGAACGAGACAGUUUAUAUCCCAGAGCGCAAUGA